CCGUAUAAGGAGACGCGUCCGCGCGUGCGCGCCCCGCGCGUCUGGGUCGUGGAGCUGUAGCUCGCGGUCACUUCUGCAGAUGGGCUCCGUGGCCUAGCGUCCCCGUCCCCGCCACCUGUGAUCGUGCGCCGAGGCCCACGAGGGGUCGCCGCCGAGGUUUCCACCAGCCCAAGCAAGAUCAUGGCAGCCAUCCCCUCCAGCGGCUCGCUCGUGGCCACCCACGACUACUACCGGCGCCGCCUGGGCUCCACUUCCAGUAACAGCUCCUGCGGAAGUGCAGAGUACCCUGGGGAAGCCAUCCCCCACCACCCGGGUCUCCCCAAAGCCGACCUGGGACACUGGUGGGCUAGCUUCUUUUUCGGGAAGUCCACUCUCCCAUUCAUGGCCACAGUGUUGGAGUCCCCAGAGCACUCGGAAUCGCCCCAGACUUCCACCAGCACGAUCACCUGUGACCUGGUUCGGGAAGCCGUGGGGAAGCAGCAGCCUGGCAGCCAGCCUGGCAAAACCAACUCCAGGCCCCCGUCCUGAGUGGCUGCCACCAGCUGCCAGGCUUCCUUCCAAGGCGCUAGGCUCAUAAGAGCCCUCCCCCUCCUCUUCCCUCCCCUCCCUGAGACUAAGCAGGCUACAGCCAACAGAAACGGUUGGGUUCUUUAAUAUCAAAACAGCAAAACACCAAAAAGGAAGUUAAGAGAACCGCACUCUUUGCUGUCCAAGCCACGUGAGAGCCUUCCUGACACUUAACAACCCUGUGCCUUGCACCAAGUAGAAAAUAAACUCCAAGCAGCCAUCA